AUGGCAUCUAUCUCAAACAAGAAUUCUAAUAAGGAUCAUGAUCAUCAGAAUCAUCAAGGCCAACAAGAUGAUAUCCAUACUCCAUCUUCCAUGCACAACUUUGAUUGCAACAUUUCUUCUCCAUCUUCUCCAGUCGUAUCGGAUCCUAAACCAGAAUGGAAACCAAAUCAACAUCAAGCUCAAAUACUCGAAGAAAUUUUCAUCGGCGGUUAACCGUCUCUAACCGAUAUCAAACGAAUCAUAAUCAAACUUCAAAAUUCUGGUGAAAAAGUCGAAGACGUACACGUCUACAAGUGGUUUCACAACCGAAAAUUUAGGCUCAAACAUAAGCUUCGUGAUGCCAAGCAAAGCCGUCAAGAGUUAAAGAACUAA